AAAGCGAAAAUCUAAAGCUAAAGCUGCGUCACGUGGUUCCAUGAUAGUGCACUGAAACUCAAAAUGAACACACUUUGGCGGGAAAGGAAAUUUGUUGACACAUUGAUUAAAUUACGUGCGACCCAAAACAUGCCUAAUUAAGUACCGGAAACAGAAAUUUUUUGGCAACAAAACAAUUCUGUGCGCUAGUGCGACCUGAGCCAAAGUUUCCGAAAAACUCGAAAAAUUCGAAAAUCGUCAAGUUUCCGUAAUGUGAACCUGCGCAAAUUCCGGGAAGAAUGGAAGUCAGUAGCCAGCGCUCCGAGCUGGCAGCGGGAAACUGGAAUCUUAUUUGGAAGCGCGGGUGUCAGCGCGGGUAUAAAUGAAUCCAAGAUGGCGCCACGCAGCAAUCCAGUGACGUUCUUAAUAUCAUCUAAUAUCGCUGUAAAAUGCUGUUCAUUCUUCAUUUAGAGAGCUAUAUAUUAUCGCGUAGCUCUGUAUUAGUGACUUAAAAAUGGGAAGUAAUCAGAAUGGAGAUGUACAUGGCAGGCUUUCGAAGAUUUUGAAUACGUUGCGCGAGAUAUCAGAAGUUCUUUCUCCAAGCAGUGUUGAAGACAACUGCAGAAUAGAUUCAGUAGUUUCUGCCAUUGAGUCAAGCGCUUCUGAACUUCACGACUUGGUUCUGGGAAAAAGAAACAAGGAUACCUCAAAGGAUUCAGGAAACACAAGCUUCACAGAGGAUUUGAUAGAUGCUAGUGAAGAACAGGCCUUGAACAGUUCUAACUUUGAUGGUUCAAAUGACCUGAUUGAGUUGAGUGAUGAUGAUGAAUUUGAUGAAGUAAUGGCUGAGGUUGACAUCGAAGAAUUAUGCAAUCAAAGCCAGGUUGAGUCAAAGAUUCUAGACGCUGGCCACUCAGAUACACUAGAUCAAUUGCCAGAAACUGAAGAGGCAAAUGAAAUAAAACCAGACGCUGAGCAUGUUGAGGUCCUAAAGAGAUACUUUGGCCACUCCAAGUUCAGACCCAUGCAGUGGAAGAUAAUCAAUGAAGUGCUUAAUUGGAAACAGGAUGUGUGUGUUGUAAUGGCUACAGGAUAUGGGAAGAGUUUGUGCUAUCAGUAUCCAUCUUUAUACACUGGAGGUACAACAGUUGUCAUCUCUCCCUUAAUCUCACUCAUGGAAGAUCAAGUCACUAAACUUGGGCUUUAUAACAUUCCAGCUUGCUACCUUGGAUCCGCUCAAAGCAAUAGUGCUGAAGUAAAAGCUGGAAUUUUACGUGGGGAAUACAGAGUGGUGUACUUGACUCCAGAAUAUGUUUCCCUGGACACUGGAUUUUUAGCUUAUGUGCAGAAAUCUGUAGGUCUAACACUAGUUGCAAUAGAUGAAGCACAUUGUGUGUCUCAGUGGGGACAUGACUUCAGAUCUUCAUAUCGGUCACUUGGAUGUAUCAGGGAUAAACUACCUCAAGUACCUAUUGUUGCACUGACAGCUACAGCCACUCCUACUGUGAGACGGGAUAUCUGUCAGUCUCUGAGGUUGAGAAAUGCUGCAUUUGUUUGUACAGGAUUUGACAGACCUAAUUUAUACUUUGAAGUAGAAAGAAAGUCUGGCAGUAUAAAGGAUGACUUAAAACCUCUCCUGAUAAGAUCAGCAGAUAGAAGUAAGAUUGAGUAUUCCUUUGAUGGUCCAACAAUUGUUUACUGUCCAACAAAGAAAACGACUGAAACAGUGGCUCGGGAACUCCAAGGUCUUGGGGUGAGGUGUGAAUAUUACCAUGCUGGGCUAGCACCUAGGGAACGGAGGAAAGUGCACCACCUCUUUAUCAGAGAUGAAAUUCAGUGCAUUGUAGCCACAGUGGCCUUUGGAAUGGGAAUUGACAAACCAGAUGUGAGAAAAAUUAUUCAUUAUGGAGCUCCAAAAGAUAUAGAAUCAUACUACCAGGAGAUAGGAAGGGCUGGACGGGAUGGUCUUCCCAGUACGUGCCAUGUUUUUUAUAGCACAGCGGAUUUUUCCCUCAACCGGCACUUGUUAAAUGAUGUUAAAGCAGAGUCCUUCAAAGAACAUAAGCUGCGAAUGCUGAACAAACUUGAGCAGUACCUGGGUACUACAGAAUGUAGAAGAAGAACAAUUUUAGCAUACUUUGAGGACACAGUUGGUAUGAGCAUUGGUGGAAAAGAUGACUGUUGUGAUAUUUGUCGAAACAGGGCUCUUAACCCACAUGUCAAGGAUAACAAGAGAGAUUUCACAAAGGAAGCUAAAUUGCUUCUUAAUGCUAUUAUGACAGCAGGGAAUGGUACAUAUGGUAUGUCAAUUCCUGUUUUGAUGCUGAGAGGUUCGAACAGUCAGAAAGUUCCAAGAUGGCUGAUGCAAAAGAAGGAAUUUGGAGCUGGGAGUUUUCAGUCAGAGAAAUGGUGGAAAAGCUUUGGUAAGUAUUUUGUCAUCUUUUUGUUGUAACAUCUUGAGAGGUACAGUGAUGCUCAAGGGUUAUUUCUUUCAGUAAUCAUUCUUUACACAUAGCAAAACUUGGGAAAGGAUUAAGUACAAUGGUUUAA